AUACCAAUUUGCAUAUUUACCCAUUUUUCAACUCUCUUGGUUUUCUUUCACUUUCUGUCCUUCAAGCUUCAAACUCUUGUUCUCUAACCAAACAGUGUAAAUUGCUCAAAUCAUCUUCUCCUGAACGUUCACGAAUCGUUCACCAUCUUCACAGUUCAGAACCCAUUUUUACGUUUCUGCAACCGCGCCUGUCAGCCAAGGAACUGGAUAUAUAGUUCACCUGUUGUAGUACUUUGAAAUGGAAGAUUCGUCAUUUUUCAAUCGAAUGAUUGGUCAUCUUCGGGGAACUUGCAAGUACUAUACUGGUUAUCCGAAGGAUCUUGGACCAUCACGGGUUAUUCAUUUUACCUCCGAGCGUGAGUUUGUCAGUCUCCUUCAUGAAGGUUUUCCUGUGGUUGUUGCUUUUACUAUCAGGAGUAAUUACACAGAACAUCUUGACAAAGUCUUGGAAGAAGCUGCCGCUGAGUUUUAUCCACACGUAAAAUUUAUGCGCGUUGAAUGUCCAAAAUAUCCCGGGUUUUGUAUAAGUCGGCAGAAAACGGAGUAUCCAUUCAUUGAAAUAUUUCAUAGUCCAUCACAUGCAGCUAGCCAGGGAAGGGUAGCUGAUCAAAAUAUUACUAAAUACAAUGUGAAGGUCUUGCCUGUAAGUGUCCCCCUCCCCCUUUUCAGGCAAAUUGUAGCACAUAUCAAAUAUCGAAUACUUGGUGAACAGAUCCUAGUUCAACUACGACAUCAGUGCUUAUGGAUUUAGAGAAAUCUUCAAGCGGUAUGGUAUUCGAGCAUCAGAUACGAAGUAACGAUCUAAUGGGAAGGUUUUAUCUUUCAAAUAAUGGGGAGCCACACCAGAUAAUACCACCUAUUUAUCAAUUGGGAUAUCAUCACAAGUUACAACUUCAAGCCAACAAAUGGACAAUUAUAUUUACCUGUAUGGUUGAUGUCCAAAACCUUAAACAUAAUUUGGUUCACUUCAGUCUUGAAUAUCUUUUCUUUGUUCCUUCAUGUUGUUUCAGCUGAUAUAGUAAAGUUACUUGGUGUAGUUUUUACAAAUAACUUAGUUUGUUGGGUCUUAAUCUUGAGGUAUUCCAAUUAUGUGUCUGUCUUUUACAUAUCGUUGUACAGGAUAGAAAGUGUUUGGAAGAGUUUAUUUAGAGCUUAUUUGGUUAUGCCAAUGAGAUAACAGAUAAGGACUUGAGUUUGGUACUCAUACACAAUUGUGACAUGUCCGUGAGCCAUUUUAACAUAUCUCAAUAAGUUUAUCCACAUAACUUUUGAAUAA